CAACACAUGUCAUCUGGUUUGCUUGUCAAAAAACUAGAAAUUUUCUAUUUUGAUUUUCGCUAAUUUACUAAAACUUCCAAAUUGCAAGUUUAUAAAGUUCAGUUAUUAUUUUUAUCUUUUCCCAAAUUGUUCUCCAUGAUUUGUUUCAUUCGAUUUCAUUUAACUCUCUACAUGUAGGGCAAAAUAAUGAAUAACAUAACCUGAAUUAUUUUAUAAAUUUUCGUUUUAAUAAUAAAAAUUACCUUAUUAGAUAAACGAUAAGUUCUUAUCACAACAACAAUUUCGCAAACCUUGAGGUUAACGUCAUCUAUUUUGGAAACAAUAUGCUUAUUUUGAAGUGUUUUUAAACUAUCAGUUAUUUAAUUAUGUCUUCCAAUGUAUGUUUACCUAUUAUUAUACUACAUGCAGUGGUAAUUUUUUCAUUAAUAUCACAAUGCUGUUCAGAAGACACCAAAAUUAUGUCGAGGGAAGAGAAAACACAACUGAGAGAACAAGCAAGAGAUAUGUUUUACCAUGCAUAUAAUGCUUAUAUGGAUAAUGCAUAUCCAGCCGAUGAACUUAUGCCAUUAAGUUGUAAAGGAAGAUAUCGAGGUCUUUCUCCUAAUAGAGGAGAUAUUGAUGAUUGUCUAGGAAAUUUUUCCCUUACUCUUAUUGAUUCUCUGGAUACCCUUGUUCUUUUGGGUGAUUUAUCUGAAUUUGAACGUGCUGUGAAACUGAUAAUUAAAGAUGUUUCUUUUGAUAAUGAUAUUGUAGUUUCUGUAUUUGAAACUAACAUUCGUGUUUUAGGUGGAUUACUUUCUGCUCAUAUCUUGGCAUAUUACUUACAAGAAAAAGCUGACAUUAUGCUUUGGUACAAUGGAGAACUUUUGGAAAUGGCAAAAGACAUUGGUUAUAGGCUUCUUCCUGCAUUUAAUACAACAACUGGAAUACCAUAUGCAAGGGUCAAUCUUCUCUAUGGAAUAAAAAGCGACAGACUUGAUGCGGCAAGAGAAACGUGUACAGCUUGCGCGGGUUCUAUGAUCUUGGAAAUGGCCGCCCUGUCACGUCUAACUGGCGAGCCAAUUUUUGAAGAAAAAGCGCAGAAGGCCAUGGACGAACUUUGGAAAAUGCGUCAUCGCAGUUCAGACCUGAUGGGUUCAGUUCUGAACGUUCAUUCGGGCGAUUGGGUUAGGAGAGAUUCUGGAGUUGGCGCUGGAAUCGAUUCAUACUACGAAUAUUGUUUGAAGGCGUAUAUACUGUUGGGUGAUACUAAGUACCUGAAUAGGUUCAAUAGGCAUUACACCGCCAUUAUGAAAUACAUCUCGCAAGGACCUAUGCUGCUGGACGUGCAUAUGCAUAGGCCUCACACCAACUCUCGUAACUUCAUGGAUGCCCUCUUAGCCUUUUGGCCUGGCCUUCAGGUUUUGAAAGGUGACAUCAAACCUGCAGUAGAAACACAUGAAAUGCUGUACCAGGUCAUGCAACGUCACAAAUUCAUACCUGAAGCCUUUACCACCGAUUUUCAAGUACAUUGGGGCAAUCAUCCCCUCAGGCCAGAAUUCUUAGAGUCUACGUAUUAUUUGUAUGAGGCUACCAAAGACAAUUAUUAUUUGCAUGUUGGAAAAAAAGUGUUGGAAAGUUUACAAAAAUAUGCUAGAGUGCCUUGUGGUUAUGCAGCGGUAAAUGAUGUGAGGACUGCCAAACAAGAAGACCGAAUGGACUCAUUCGUCCUAUCAGAGACGUUCAAGUAUCUCUUCCUCUUAUUUGCUGAUCAGGAAGAUCUCAUCCUGAAUUUGAACGAAUUCAUAUUUACCACAGAAGGACAUCUGUUUCCCCUGACUCUAGGAGGUCGAAAUCGUACAAAAAACUCUAUGGAUUUGGAAAUAUAUGAUAAUGAAUAUUCGAGAUCAUGUCCCAACACUCUUCAACUUUUUCCAGAAUCUUUAAGGAAGCCCUUGAAGAACAUGGUCGAUGAAGUUUGUCCUAGAGGGAAAUCCAAGAAGAGGUUACUAGCCAGUGAAUUUUCAGCUUCAAAUGUUCAUCAUUUGAAACUUAUCAAAGACAUGGGAAUCAAUAUCAUUUCAUUGAAUGAUGGAAGAAUACAGUUACUUCAUUCUUUCUCUGCGGCUCGUACACCAGCAGAUGCCGAAAAUGGUCUGACAUUCAUGCAAGAAAUGGUGAAACUCUCCAAACUACAGCCUGAUUCCCAGGAAACUUUACCACAGUCUGUAUCAUUUCCCAUAAAAAACGAGGACGGUGAAAUCCAGAUAAUUUCUAUACAUGCCUGCCCAGCUCAAUUUGGAGUUAACCUAAAAGGAGAUCAAUUCAUUUCUGCAAAAACGUCUUACGCCAUUCCACAUACAGCUUGUACAGAUUUGAAGUACCCUAGUUUACUUGAAGGUAAGAUCGUAUUAUUAGAAAGGGGCGAAUGUAUGUUCAUCGACAAAGCGAGACGAAUUCAAAAGGCUGGCGCAGUAGGUGCAGUGAUCAUAGAUAAUGUUCCAGGCAGUAGCGCCAUCACCACACCUAUGUUUUCAAUGUCAGGCGAUGGUAAUGACGAUAUCAAAAUUCCUGUUGUGUUCCUUUAUCAGAAGGAUGCAUCAAAACUACUGACAGCAUUGGCUGACAAUUCCGCUUUGGAAAUAAGUAUCAGUCAGGUGAGAAACGAAGUCUCAUCGACAAAAAUCGAAGAAGAAAGUAUGUUUCAAAAACUGAAAGUGUCCGUCCAAGAAUUCCUAAUAAAACAUACAGGCAUAGGCUACACUAAAACUGUGUCUGUCGGUAAUUUAGUUGCGAAUAUAAUCAAUGGUAAAAUACGAAUAAUGCAAAAUCAUAAUUGGAAAAAACCAGAUGUUGUAAGUGAAGAAUUUAAAGAAGCUUAUACAAAUCAUGAGUGGAGUAGAAUCAGAAAAGGUUUACUUAAAUCGUUGAGUGAACAAGAUUUAUACGUUCCAAUUAAUAUUUUAAAAAUAUAUUAUAAGACACUAAGUCAUUACUCGAUAUCAGAAAGUCACUAUCAUGAUAUCACUAAACAGACAGAGUGGUUCUUGAAAGAAUUAAUGAUUGAAUAUUAUCGUGCUAGUGAUGAUUCAUUAGUUGUAUUAGAAAAAACUGAAGAUAUCAUCGCUGACUUUAUACAGUUUGAUAAGGUGGAUACUAAAGAAGUAUAUGAUGAUGGCGACUCGUUGAAAGAUGUUCUUAAUAAAAUGAAUCAACUGGAAGAAAAAAUGGAUGAAAGUAAAAAAGUUUUGAUGUUGAACAUUAUUAAAAAAAUAUAUCCACAGGAUAAAAAAGAUGUGAAAUUUAAAGAUGUUGUGGAUGAAAGUGAAAGUAUUCCUAUAGAAAUAAAUAGUGAGAACAGUGAUAGCCUAAUUAAAAGAAAUACGGAUUCCAAGGAUGAAUUAUGAUUGUUAUACCUUUAAAUUUUUCUUUUUGAUAACAGGUUUUCUUGAUUCCAAAAUGGUAUAGCCAUUUCCUAUUGUGAAAACAUGUGAAAAUAAAUUAUUUGUUGAA